GGUGGUUUUGAACCAAGAAACUAUUUUCUCUCUUCACUUACCUGCCGGAACACGAAUGGGAAUUAGUAAUGGGAGCACUGAAGCUUAACUAGCGGUCUUUCCUUUCGGGUUACUUGCUGCUGCCUCUCAAUUGCAGCUCCAUCAAAGGGUUUUUUCCACCUGACAAAAUUAUGUGUGGAACUAGAUCGCAUUGAGCUGUUUUAAAGGCUGUAAAGUCAGCAGGAAAAGCAGAGACACACCGGCUGGUUGGCAAAUAGAUUUGUAUAUAGCUGCCCUCAAGGAAGGAGAGGAUAGCCCAAGAAUCUGGCAUGUCAUUCGGGUCAAGCAUGUUGAGCAGGUGCAAGGUGCAGACAUAAUGGAACUGGGACCAUGUGCCAACCUGUCCUGUAAUCUUAAGAAUGACAGUAGUUGCUCCAGUAUCACAGCUGAGGUCCUCAGCAGCAGCAGCAGCAGCAACGUCUUGGUUACUUCCUUCCUGGGAUGCGUCCUGGCUGUUAUGUGCAUCAUUGGGAUGGCUGGAAACAUCUACACCUUGGUGGUUGUCAACCUCUCCCUAAGAUUGACUGGCUCCAUGUACGUUUACAUUGUCAGCUUGGCUUUGGCUGAUCUUCUGUAUCUCUCCACCAUCCCUUUUGUCGUCUGCACCUACUUCACAAAGGACUGGUACUUUGGCCAUGUGGGAUGUCGGAUCCUCUUCAGCCUGGACCUGCUAACCAUGCAUGCCAGUAUUUUCACCCUCACAGUCAUGAGCACGGAGAGGUACCUGGCAGUUGUCAAACCUUUGGACACCAUCAGGAGGCCAGGAGGCUACAGGAAGCUAAUCACCUUGUCAGUCUGGCUUGUCUCCUUUCUCCUUGCCUUACCAACCAUGAUUCUCAUUGACCUCCGGACGAGCCACCAAAAUGGAGUGACCAAGCGUAUGUGCCACCCGACGUGGCGGAUGGAGGCUUACAAAGUCUACCUCACUCUGCUUUUUAACACCAGCAUAUUGGCCCCUGGCCUAGUCAUCUGCUAUUUGUACAUCAAGCUGGCCAGGACCUACUGGAGAUCUCAGACAGCCAUUUUCAAUGCCAAAGAGUUGAAGAGGUGCCCUAAGCAGAAAGUCCUGUACAUGGUAUUUAGUAUCAUCUUGGCCUACUGGACCUGUUUUAUCCCCUUCUGGCUUUGGCAGCUGCUUAGCAUUUAUCACCAUCAGCCUGGCAACCUUACAAACACCACUGUGGUCUGCAUCAAUUUUUUCGUGACCUGCCUAGCUUACAGCAACAGCUGCAUCAACCCUUUUCUGUAUACGUUGCUCUCCAAGAAUUACAAGGAGUACUUAAAGAGUCGGCAGAAGAAUGGCCUCAUCCUCUCCAAGAUCAAGCCCAAGAGAGGUUCCUCAGGGAAAUCCAUGUGGUCUGGAAGCCACACAUAUACAGAGUGUGUCGCUAUUGCUCAGAUGGAGGGCAUCACCAAUGAGGACAUCUUCUCCUUGUAA